AUGCCGAGAUCAAGUUUCCUGACGGCAACACUGGCGAUGAAAGCGGCACAGGCGUCCUGGAGUAAUCUCCCGGUUCAGAAACUCGAUAGAAAAGGUAUAAGAGGAGCUCGAUCCAGACAGAGUUGUAAUCAAGUCAAAGACAAGAACAGUAUACCAAGUAUUGUACCUCCACCACCAAAGUUAACCCCCUUGAGAAGUUCUAUCUUAGCUAUAGAUACAAUGUCCAACUCGGUCAAAAAGGCUAUCCAGAAGCUAUUCGACGAUGCUGCGAAGAGCAAAUCCGCAAUGUCCCGCCUUCUCAAUCCAAGUGCAGACGGUGCGGGAGGUCGUGUCUACCCCGCCAGGAACGCUAAAAACGACGCCAAGUAUGGAGUCCGCGUUGACAAGGGGGAAGCGGUCCACGGACAACCAAACAAACUCCGACUCCAUCUGCAGAUCAACUCCAAUGCAGAGAGCAAGACCCUCCGAGAUCUAGCGAAAAAAGAUCCUCAUCGUGUUGUUUCCACUGCCGAUGUCGACACUCAGCAAGGUGCUACAAAGGAGGGUCUAGAAGAUCUAGAAGCACAGUUCAAGAAUAAUCUCAGGGUUUGA